AUGAUAUUAAGCUUGGCACCAAUGUUGAAAGUCACAACACCACAAUUCCGGUCUUUGAUCCGGAUCAUUUCAUCCGAUGUCUAUUUAUUUACAGAAAUGCUAUCAGCUGAGUAUAUUUUGAACAAUGAUGGGUACCAAACACGGAUAGGAACGUAUGAUCCGCUCACUAUCAUACAAUUGGGAGGAAACAAUCCGAAGAAAAUCAGUCUUGCAGUCUUGAAAGUAAUUAAGCAAACAAAUUUUCGCAUGUUCAAUCUCAAUUUGGGUUGUCCGUCACCGAAGGUAACCCAAGGACAGUUUGGAGCCUCUUUGAUGCUGGACGUACAGUUGGUAAUAGACAUUAUUAACGAAGUAUACAAUGUUGCAAACACUGUAUUAUCUGUUAAAUGUAGAAUUGGAGUGGAUGAAAACGAUACUUUUGCAUUUUUCCACAAAUUCGUUGAAAAAGUGGCAGGUAAUACGAAAUGUAGAGAUUUCUAUGUGCAUGCUCGGAAAUGUUGGUUAAAAGGGCUGUCGCCAAAAGAGAAUAGGAACAUUCCUAUGCUCAACUAUGAAUUUGUGCGUGCACUUAAGCGCAUGAUGCCAUGUUUGAAGGUGCAUUUGAAUGGCGGUGUAAAGAGCUUGGAUGAUGGGGAUGGACUGGAUGGUGUUAUGUUAGGAAGAGCUGCUGUAAAGAAUGUCUUCGUGUUUGAGGACAUAAGAAUACGUGGUAAAAUAGCCUGUGGGGAUGACAAGUCUCCUGUCGGAGAGGAUUGUGCCUGCCAAGACUAUUUAAGUGAUGUUAACACAGACUCAGCAAAUUUAAAAACUUGUCAUGGAACAGAAGAAGGUGAAAAGAACGAAGUUGAGCAGAGCGAUUCAUUAAGUUCGACAAAUGAGAGCAAUGGCUCUGAAGGACAAAUAGAUUAUUACCACAUUAUAAAAACGUAUCUUGAUACGCUAGAUCAGAACAAAAGUAUAAAAUCAUGUGAUGUUGUGCCAUUGAUGAAUAUUUUUAGAGGCAAAAGAGGAACAAAAUGUUUUAAAACCCUUUUGAGCAUGUUAGUGGGCAGAAAAGUAGCUGUUAGCGCAUGCAAAGAUGAAAUAAUGCAAUGCGUAAAGAAUGUGUUGAACCAAUGAACGAGUUUAAUUUAAAACUUCAUGUUGAUGUAAUUCAUUGCAUAUGUCAUAAAAUAGGUCUUUCUCUACGUUUGACAUGCUGAAAUGCCUGUCGUACAUUAUAAUAAAUAUUUAAUCUGGUG